UUUUAUGACAUCCUAUUCCUCAAGAAAGCUAACUCGAUAAGAAUUAUCUCUCUCUCUCUCUCGUCGAUGCUAUUGAAUCCGCUGCUAUUUCAUAUGAGUCACUAUCCAAUUCCAUAACAGAAAGAUCGGGAUGGGACUAUAGCUUUUGGCUUUCUUCCUUCACUUCUAUCAAGGAUUGCCGCUAGAAGGGCUCUUGCCCAUGUUUAAUGCCUUAUUUUAUUCUAUGAAGACGAAGAGCUAGUGUUAUAAUCAGAUGUCGAAAUAGCAGCUGCGAACGGAAUGCGGGAUAAAGGAUGAAUUGUCCAAAGAGUUACCAUAACUGAGCAAGCGUUCAGAGUAGUUUCAACUUUCAACAUUUAUCAUACAAGCAUGUUGAUCACUUCACUUCCUCAUUGAAUAUAGCUGGCCUAGAAAACCCACCUAACGGAACCGAGCAGAGAAUUCAUCCUCCUCGCAGACGAAGAUAAAACAGUGAAGCAUUUGCCUAUAGUCAUAUCACCGCUCUAUCGGGACACUACAUAAAAAGAGAGUGAGCGAGAGUUGAUUGAUGGCUUCUCUUGUCAACAACCCCUUCACUCCUAUCCGCAACACCUUCAACACUGCCACAGUCAAGUCCAACCUAAGCCCCGAACCCAGUUUCUUCAAAUGGCGUUGCUCGGGGGCUCAGUCUUUCUCUAUGAAGAGGGCUUCGUUUCCCAGAAUCGUGUGCAAAGCCGUGUCUGUGAAGCAGCCCUUACCGUCAGCUACCGAGAUUGAAGGCCUCAAUAUUGCAGAGGAUGUUACUCAGCUUAUAGGGAACACACCAAUGGUGUACUUGAAUAAUAUUGUAAAAGGCUGUGUUGCAAAUAUUGCUGCCAAACUUGAGAUUAUGGAGCCAUGCUGCAGUGUAAAGGACAGGAUAGGAUUCAGUAUGAUAAAUGAUGCUGAGGAGAAGGGACUUAUAUCUCCGGGAAAGACUGUCUUGGUGGAACCCACAAGUGGUAAUACUGGCAUUGGGCUAGCCUUUAUUGCUGCUUCAAAAGGCUACAAACUCAUCUUAACAAUGCCGGCAUCUAUGAGUCUUGAAAGAAAAGUUAUUUUGAAAGCUUUUGGUGCCGAUCUGGUUUUGACGGAUCCAGCAAAGGGAAUGCUAGGUGCUGUUCAGAAAGCUGAAGAAAUAUUGAAUAACACACCUGGUGCCUAUAUGCUUCAACAAUUUGAUAAUCCUGCUAAUCCAAAGAUACACUAUGAAACAACUGGUCCAGAGAUUUGGGAAGACACAAAAGGAAACGUUGACAUACUUGUUGCAGGGAUUGGUACUGGUGGAACCAUUUCUGGUGCAGGGAGAUUUCUCAAACAGCAAAAUCCUAGCAUUGAGAUCAUUGGUGUGGAGCCUGCACAAAGCAACGUAUUAUCUGGUGGAAAGCCUGGCCCUCACAAAAUUCAAGGGAUUGGAGCAGGUUUUAUUCCAAAAAAUUUAGAUCAAGAUAUUAUGGAUGAAGUUAUAGAGAUAUCAGAUGAUGAAGCUAUUGAAGUUGCAAAGCAAUUAGCACUUAGAGAAGGAUUGCUGGUGGGCUUUUCCUCUGGAGCAGCUGCAGCAGCUGCGAUGAAGGUUGCUAAGAGACCAGAGAAUGCUGGAAAGCUUAUUGCGGUUGUUUUCCCUAGCUUUGGAGAGAGGUACCUGUCAACUGUACUUUUUCAAUCAAUUCGGGAUGAAUGUGAAAAGCAACAACCAGAGAUAUGAGCAUAUUCAUCAUGCAGUAAUUUUCUGAACACAAAUUAAAUGAUUUUGACAAUCUUCUGUAUACAUUCCUUCUCCCUUUUGGGAUUGUUAUUUAUUUAUCCUAGUGGACAAGCCUUUAGUAGAAUGAUGACGGUCAGUAGUCAUCACUAUAUUUUAAGUUUUGACCACAUCCAUCCUUUUGUUCUAAGUUUACAAUUCAAAUCUGUAUGACCUCUGAAGCAAAUCUCUGCAUAUUUUAAAGGUUGCUCAACUUGGGUAGUAUGAUGAAUAUAGCUACGGGUCAAUGAAAAUGCUCACGGUGACAUUAUGGCAAA